GAGAUAUAUACUCAUGGAACUUCAGAGGAAAAGUUAAAGAAGGAACCUUUAACUGGAGGAUUUACUGAAGGCUUGGGACUAUAAUAGAAAAUUACACACUGAAAAUCCUUUAAGGAGAGCUAAAAUGGACAUAAGUGUUCAUGAGAACACAGAAAGUAUGCAGUUGUGCUAUGAAUCUGUGAAUGGAUCAUGCCCCAGAGCAAUCCGAUCAACUGGUGUCCGUAUCACACUCUAUUUGCUUGCAGUGUUAGCAAUUUUGGUCACUUUGUUUGGUAACAUGUUGGUGAUCAUUUCGAUCGCACAUUUCAAACAGCUCCACACACCCACCAAUUACCUUGUUUUCUCAUUGGCAAUUGCAGACUUCCUGCUGGGAUGUAUAGUUAUGCCUUACAGUUUGAUAAGAUCCAUAGAAUCUUGUUGGUAUUUUGGGAUCUUGUUUUGCAAACUUCACACAAGUUUUGAUUUAGUGCUGUGUGCAGCUUCGAUCAUCCAUCUCUGCUGUAUAUCUGUUGAUCGUUACUAUGCUGUGUGUGACCCACUUAAAUACAAAACAACAAUCACUGUUUCCACAGUCCUAAUCAUGAUCUGCCUCAGUUGGGCUCUUUCUUUUUUGGUGGGAUUUGUCAUAAUAUUUUUAGAAUUACAUUUAAUCGAAAUUAAGGAUUUCUACUAUCAUGAAAUAGCUUGCUUUGGUGGCUGCACACUAAUGAUGGGUAAAGUGUGUGCAUUAGUUUACUCAACAAUUUCAUUUUAUUUCCCAGCAUUUAUUAUGGUGUGUAUUUACACAAAGAUUUAUCUUGUUGCCAAAAAACAGGCCAGAACAAUAAAUAACUUAUCGAGGAAAGUCCAACCCAUCAACGAAGGCAAUAGUAUAGCUUCACAAAGAAGUGAAAGAAAAGCAGCAAAAACCCUGGGAAUUGUAAUGGGUGUAUUUAUACUCUGUUGGUCUCCAUAUUUUGUCUGUGAUAGUAUAGAGCCCUUUAUUAAAUAUUCAACUCCGCCUGUUUUGUUUGAUGCUUUUUUUUGGGUUGGUUACCUGAAUUCUACAUUCAAUCCAAUGAUCUAUGGGUUUUUUUAUUCCUGGUUCAGGAAAGCUUUAAAAAUUAUUUUGACCUGCAAAAUAUUUGCACCCGAUUCCUCAAGAAUAAAUCUAUUCUGAGCAAACAGCAGCAAAAUAGAAGAGCAGUGUAGAUCAGUGAUGUAAAACAGAGAGUGUUCCUGUUUUCCCCCUGACUUGUUUGCAUUGAUGACUUAUCAUUUGCACUUUGUAUACUUAUCAUUAUUUUAAUUUCAGCAGCCAUAAAAAGUAUCUUAGAUAUUACACUAAGUCAUAUAAAUGGCAUGUGGUUGUUAGGCACGAACAAUGGGUAAGCACAUCAUUGGAGAUUUAUGAAAUUAUAUAAUGGAGUGAAAAAAAUGGAUAAACAUUUGAAG